AUGGCCGCGCCCCCACAGACCCACGCAGCCCAAAGCAGCGGCGGCGGCGAUGGCAAGGCGCACGUGCUUGUCGUGCCGUACCCGGCGCAGGGCCACAUGCUCCCACUCCUCGACCUCGCGGCGCUGCUCGCCACGCGGGGGGUCGCGGUCACUGUCACCGUCACAGCGGGCAACGCCCCGCACUUGGUGCCCCUGCUCGCGGCGUGCCUGUCCGUGGGCGCCGUCUCGCUGCCUUCCCCCUCCUCACCCCUCCUCCCGCCCGGGUGCGGCGGCGCCGAGAACACCAGGGACCUCCCGGUCCAUCUCUUUCGGCCGUUCAUGGUCUCUCUCGCUGCCCUCCGCGCGCCGCUCCUUGCAUGGUGUACGCGUGCCCAGAGGCGUGCUUGCCGCCGUGUCACGGCCAUCGUCUCCGGAUUGUUCACGGGGUGGACGCGGCCGCUCGCGGCGGAGCUCGGCAUGCCGCACGUCACGUUCUCGAUUUCCAACGCGCUCUACCUCGCCGUGGCGCACUCCCUCUGGCGCCGCUUGCCGAGCAGGCGCCGCCCGGAGGACACGGACGACGAGCCGGUCGCCUUCCCGGACAUCCCGGGCGCGCCUAGCUUCCCGUGGCGGCAGCUGUCGUGGCUGUUCACGCAGCACGUGCCCGGCGACGAGGUCUCCGAGGUGAUCCGCCAGUUCUUUCUGUGGAACCUGGGCAGCGACUGCUUCGUCGUCAACUCCUUCGCGGCGCUCGACGGCGCCUACAUUGAGCGCGCACUCCCGGACCUGAUGGCGAAGCCGGUCUUCGCAGUGGGCCCGCUUUCCGACGCCGUGAGCAUCUCCCGCGACCGGCGUGGAGGGAAACCCGCGGUGCCGGCGGCGAGCGUGGCCGCGUGGCUGGAAGCGUUCCCCGACGGCUCCGCCGUGUACGUCAGCUUCGGGACGCAGCACGCUCUGUCGCCUCCGCAGGCUGCCUGCGUCGCCGACGCGCUGGCGCGGAGCUCGGCCGCGUUCGUGUGGGCGGUGAGGAGCGGCACCGCCGUGCCGGAGGGGUUCGAGGAGGCGACGGCCUCGCGGGGCAUGGUGAUCCGCGGGUGGGCGCCGCAGGUGGAGAUCCUACGCCACCGCGCCGUGGGGUGGUUCCUGACGCACUGCGGCUGGAACUCGGUGCUCGAGGCGACGGCCGCCGGCGUGGCACUGCUGAUGACAUGGCCGAUGGGCGCGGAGCAGUUCACGAACGCGUUGCUGGUCGCGGAGGCCGGCGUAGCCGUGCCCGUGGCGGAGGGCGACGAGACCGUACCAGACGCUGGACAGAUGGCGCUCGCGAUCGCCGCCGCGAUCGGGGAGGAGGGGAAGCCCGUGAGGGAGCGCGCGGCGGAGCUUAGCAAGAAUGCGGCGGCGGCACUAGCGGAGGGCGGGAGCUCGCACGGGGACCUGGAAGACGUGGUACGCAUGCUGAAUAAGGUCGAGUAG